AUGAACCCAAAGGAGCAUGGCGAGGUGUUUGUGCUCUCCGACGGCGGCGAGGUCGACCUCGACCUGGGCAACUACGAGCGUUACCUGAACAUCACCCUGACACGCGAGAACAACAUCACCACCGGCAAGAUCUACCAGCAUGUCAUCGAGAAGGAGCGUCGUGGCGACUACCUGGGCAAGACGGUGCAGGUGGUGCCGCACAUCACCGACGCCAUCCAGGCGUGGAUCGAGCGCGUCUCCAGGAUCCCCGUCGAUGACACAAACGAGGAGCCGGAUGUCUGCAUUGUGGAGCUGGGUGGCACCGUCGGUGACAUUGAAAGCAUGCCCUUCGUCGAGGCCCUGACCCAGCUGCGGCAUCGCGCUGGCAAGAACAACUUCCUCAACAUCCAUGUCUCGUACGUUCCGACGAUCAAUGGCGAGCAGAAGACCAAGCCCACCCAGCACGCCGUGAAGAGCGUGCGCAGUGCUGGUUUGAUCCCUGAUUUGAUUGCGUGCCGCUGCGAACGGCCGCUGGAGCGUUCCACGAUUGAGAAGAUCGCGCACCACUGCCAAGUCGAUAUUGAGCAGGUCGUCGCGGUUCGCGACAUGCCCACAAUCUACCAGGUACCCGUGCUUCUGGAAGACCAAGGCCUGGUCCACCUUCUGCACAAGGCUCUUGACCUCGGUGCUCUCAGCAUCCCUGCGCCCAUGGUGAAGAAGGGCAGGAAGAUUUGGAACACCUGGAAGGACUUGACCGUUACCCAGGACCACUACUUCGAAACUGUUAACAUCGCCCUUGUCGGAAAGUACAUCGAGCUUCACGACUCGUAUCUCUCCGUCAUCAAGUCCUUGGAGCACUCUGCCAUGCGUUGCAGGCGGAAGCUCAACCUGAUUUGGGUUGAUGCAGAGCACCUUGAGCAAUCCUGGAGGGAGAAGGAUCCGGCCAAGUUCCACAAGGCUUGGCACGAGGUGUGCACUGCAGCUGGAGUCCUCGUGCCCGGCGGCUUCGGGCAGCGCGGAACUGAGGGCAUGAUGGCCGCUGCAAAGUGGGCUCGCGAGCACAACACCCCCUACCUUGGUGUCUGCCUGGGCAUGCAGAUAGCCGUGAUUGAGUACGCGCGCGAGAUUUGCGGAAUUGCGGGCGCGACCUCCGAGGAGUUUGACGCGAAAGCGGACAACCGUGUCAUCAUCUUCAUGCCUGAAAUCGACAAGGAGACGAUGGGCGGCACCAUGAGGCUUGGUCUGCGCCCGACCAUCUUCCAGCCCGGCUCCGAGUGGAGCAGGCUGCGCGCUCUCUACGGAGAGGCCCCGCAGAUCAUGGAGCGCCACCGCCACCGCUACGAGGUUAACCCGGAAUACAUCGAGCGCCUCGAGAAGGGCGGCCUCAACUUCGUCGGCAAGGACGAGAAGGGCGAGCGCAUGGAGAUCAUCGAGCUCAAGGACCACCGCUUCUUCGUCGGCGUCCAGUACCAUCCCGAGUACCUCAGCAGGGUGCUCGAACCCAGCCGGCCGUACCUGGGUUUCGUCGCGGCCAGUGCCGACUGCCUCAAGGAGGUCACAGAGGAGAUCUUGGGCGAGCAGGCAGUCCUCGCAAACGGGGUCAACGGCGCCGCCGAGGCCAAGGAGUUCUGA